AUGCAACCGCUGUGCCAUUCGUGUGCCACUGACAUCAGUGAUGAAACCCAAACAAUCAUUUGUCAGGGUUUCUGCAAAUCCGUUUUCCAUUUGGGAUGUGCGCAAAUAAAAGCCGAUUUGUGGGCUGAAGUGAAGUUAAACUCUGGUAUAUUCUGGAUGUGCCCGGCAUGUAGAAAUCUCAUGAACAGUGUUCGUUUCCGUGAUGCUCUUGGUUCAACAAAAGAAUAUCUGCAAGCCACUUGGGGAUUGCAGCAUCAAAUUCUUGAUGAACUAAAAUCUGAGAUUAGAAGCAAUACGGAAAAGAUAAAUCAGAUUUUAACGAGACAGCCUUCAACACCUCAGAAUGGAAACCCUUGGCCAAGAAUCAGCAACAGACCAGCUAAGCGCCCGCGCAUCCAUGUCGAUUCUUCCCCUACUGACACAAACACUGUUAAAACACUAUGUGGUAAAAAAGAAGCAGAGAACAACUUAAUCGUCAGUCAAUCAAAUCCAAAAUUCUGGCUGUUUUUGUCCCGCUUUUCUCCACACGCUACUGUGGAUGAAAUCGCAGGACUUGUGCAACAGAAUUUAGAAACCGAUCAAACUGUUGAUGUUGUAAAAUUGGUGCGUAAAGAUACAGACUUGGAUCAAUUGAAGUUUGUAUCAUUCAAGGUGGGAAUCGAUCCGAGUAUGAAAGAAAAGGCAAUGCAGCCAGCGGCCUGGCAAAAGGGAAUUUAUUUCCGGGAAUUUGUUAACAUUGAGCGCGGUGUACAUUUAUUUCGGGAUUCGGGACGUGGUGACGAGACACAGCAUAGAGCGCAGCCAGAUAGUUUCGUCACCCCCACUAUCGGAAAUUAG